GAAUCACCAUAACAGAGGCUGUUGAAUCCACAUGUAUUGCACAUGCUGAAAGAACCAAGGCAGAUGUUUGUGGACCCAGGAUGUGUGACCUGUCGGGUGCGCGCACUGUCAAAGACGCGUACGCGCAACAUCCUGCUUUACUGCUCCCCUGCAAAGACGGGUCGCCACGCUUUCAGUCAGAGAAUCCAGCUGUCACUCAACGAGACCCCCGUUCAGCCAGUGUCAGGCUGUAUGUGGCACACGGCGGAAAAGCCCGGUCCCGAUAAAUACGAGACACCGCUGGAUGUAGGUGGACCUCCAGCGAUCAACAGAUCGGCAACUCCACUGUCCACUCCUCCUGCGAAGAAGGAAAGAUGAGGGACCCGAAAGACAAUACCGGAGCCAACUGGCACAUGUGAGCGAUAUUUAUUACCAAAUUCUCGAGCUAGUCACACAGAUAUGAGCACGCUAGCUCUCAAGAUUUGGUUGUAAUUAGCCGACGCAACUGCUCUUGGCAGCGGAGAAGGUUCAGCCCGUGCCAAAAUGAACAGACUAUUGUCUAGCAUCGCUGUAACGGAAUGGGCCCGCAGCAAUUUUGGCACCGGUUUUACGCAGCAGACCACAUAGUUCAAUCGACGUAGCUCGACUGAAGACAGAGUAGGGUGGCUGGCAUGGACAAAGAAUGCUUACACAUCUCGUAGUGAUGCUAUAAGAUAAAAAGACAUCAGUGAAACACCCUGCUGGUUCCCUCCCGAGAAGUGGAGCAGAUAAUCAACGGCGGGAUUCAAGUUUGGACCUCACCAAGUCCAAAACGACCUUCCCCUCCCCAAAACAGAAUCAUCUUACAUCUUAAAGCAUCUUCACAGACUCGCAUAGCGAGUCUGUGAGCAGGUGAGAGAGGGACACUGUCUGCCCCACUGUCCAGCGACACCAUGAGCUGGAGCUUCCUCACGCGGCUGCUGGAGGAGAUCCACAACCACUCCACCUUCGUGGGGAAGCUGUGGCUCACCGUGCUCAUCGUCUUCCGCAUCGUUCUCACUGCCGUUGGGGGAGAGUCCAUCUACUACGAUGAACAGAGCAAGUUUGUCUGCAACUCGGGCCAGCCGGGCUGCGAGAAUGUCUGCUAUGACGCCUUUGCCCCUCUAUCUCACGUUCGCUUCUGGGUCUUCCAAAUCAUCUUGGUGGCGAUGCCUUCUCUCAUGUACAUGGGCUAUGCUGUCAAUAAGAUCGCACGAUUGGAUGAAGCCAAAGGAGGAGGUGGUUCUGCUGCAGUUAGAACAGGAGGAGGGGGCUACACACACAGAAAACCCAGGAAGAUCUGCUUUGGAGCACGGCAGCAUCGGGGCAUUGAGGAGACUGAGGAGGACCAGGAGGAUGAUCCCAUGAUCUAUGAGGUACCAGAGAUUGAGCCCCCUAAAAGGCCACGGGAUCCACUGCAACCCACACCUAGACCCAAAAUCCGGCAUGAUGGGCGCAAGCGUAUAAGAGAUGAGGGGCUGAUGCGGGUUUAUGUUUUACAGUUGGUGACUCGUACACUGCUGGAAGCAGGCUUCCUUGCAGGCCAGUAUUUGCUGUAUGGGUUCCGUGUGAUGCCCGUGUUUGUGUGCUCGGGGAAACCUUGUCCCCAUAGUGUCGAUUGCUUUGUGUCACGGCCUACAGAGAAGACCAUCUUCCUGCGUAUCAUGUAUGGUGUCACUGUCCUCUGCCUCACGCUCAAUGUUUGGGAGAUGCUCCAUUUGGGGAUUGGUACCAUCUGUGACAUUCUCCGCCGUCGGCGCUGCCCACCUCAGGAGGACGAGUACCAGUUGGGAUUGCUUGGCACCAACGGGGGUGUGGAGGGCUCAGUAGGGGGGACAGGGCCAGAGGCAGGCUCUGAGGGAGGGGUGGGUGGAGACGGGGCUGCGGAUUACGUUGGUUACCCCUUCUCAUGGAACACCCCAUCAGCUCCACCUGGCUAUAACAUUGUGGUAAAGCCAGAGCAGAUGCCCUACACGGACCUAAGCAACGCUAAGAUGGCAUGCAAGCAGAACAGGGCAAAUAUUGCCCAAGAGGAGCAGCAGCAAUUCGGUAGCAAUGAGGAUAACUUUCCCACCGGAGGGGAGGCCCGUGUGGCUUUGAACAAAGACAUGAUCCAGCAAGCUCAUGAGCAACUGGAGGCGGCCAUCCAGGCAUACAGUCAGCAGCACCGGGCAGAAGAGCAGCUUGGAGACAACCAGGAUGACAAGCCCCAAAGUAACAUCAUCCAGGCCCAACCUCAGCCACAGCCUCAGCCCCAGAAAGAGCGCAAGCAUAGAUUCAAGCAUGGAAAAGGUGGCAGCAGUGGAGGAGGCAGCAGCAGCAACAGCAGCAGCAGCAAGUCAGGAGAGGGUAAGCCCUCUGUAUGGAUUUAACCCCAGAAACAGUGACGUGUAUUGAAACCAUGUAUAUAUUGGAAACUGGAUGACAAGUUGUUGCAAUCUUCCUUGGAUAUUUAAACACCACUGUGCCUUAAAGAAUCCUGCAAGCUGGAGAAGAUGUGUAUUUGUGUACUAAAGUGUGCAAAAGAAACGUGAUGUUGCAGCUGACAAUUUGUUUUGUCUGGGCUAUCACUGUUUAACUUGAAACAUCACACCAACACAAACUGUUGGCUACAGUCUGUCGUUUACAUGUCUCAUUCUCUUCAAGUCCUGAAGCAGAUUAUUGACCUCUGUUGUCUUCCCGUUUAUCCUUUAUGAGGGGUUUGAACUUCGGAAAAUUACUGAAUGAUAAUGAGUUCUGUUGCAAAUCAGAUUGAUCCCAGAUUUGGCUUAGCUCAUUUUCUGGCCGCUCCUCUGCAUAGACAGCGUCUAUAUAAAUACAUUGGCAUCCUAAUUCUUUUGACAUCAGACUGAAGUAUAAUCACAGUACAGAGGCAAAGGGAUGCCAGGUCAUUACUACGUUCUGGCAGGCUAAAGCUAUGUUUCCAUACUGCAAUGGCAUUAUCAAGAAUCACAUCAUAACAAUGCAAAAUGCAAUAAAAUGAAACAUAAUUCAGUGGCAGCACCUAAAGCAGUGACGUGAUAAUCCAGUGAGAGCAUCACCUUCCUGAAGGCUGUAUCCUGUCAGUCAUGUUCUGUGUCUGCUUUCUCUCCAAUGUGGAUCACAGUGUUAUGUUGCUGUGACUUUGCAUUUGACAGUGUGUUUGUAUAUGUCUCCUGUUCUUUUCUUUUUUUUUAAUAUAUAUAUAACUGUGCUACACUAUCUGCUGCUUGAAAAAUGACGAGUAUAGCAGGUGGAUCUGAAAUUUCCUGAGAGAAAAAAAACGUUCUUUUUUAUAAAGGUGCACAUGCAAUCCAGUUUUUAUACCUUUCUCUUCACUUCUCAGUUUCUCUUCCUGGCUCUUCAUGGCUAUUGAAUAAGGCUGCUCAGCACUCCACUGGUGUCUCAUCUGCCUUGUAGUUGACUGCCCCCUGGUGGUAUCUUCUACUGGGCUUCCUUUAUUUGGAAGUAGAUACCAAUUGCCAAUGCUACCUGCAUCCAGCAACACCUUAACCAGCUGUAGUGUUCCUUUUCUAUUGACAAGCCUUGUGUCGGUUAAGUCUUCUCAGCGCUACAAGUUCAGUGUUAGAUGCACAAGGCUGCAAUAUCACCACGUUGUAAUGGAAAAGGUUUAAAGCCAUUACUAUAAUAUAGUGAGACCAAACACUGUUUGUGUGAUGCAAGUGUCAGUGCCAAGAUUUUAUGCUGGGCUGCCACGAAGCCUGGUUGUUUGUAGCUUUGGAAUACUGUGGCCAUGCUACUCCAGUUGUGGAAUAAUGCCUAUGUGAGACCAACCCUUUUGUAAAAGUCACUUGUUUUUUGUAUUACAGUACAUGUAUUGCUUUUCAGAGUGGGUUUUAAAUAGCAAACUCCAAAAUGGAGUCAAUUUUUGUGUUUGAGCCAGUGUUUCAUAUGAAAACACUUUUUUAAAGAACUGUUUUUGUAAAAUAAAGAAAAUGCAAGAUCUUUAAACAAUGAAUUAGUCGUAUGGAUAUUUAUGGUUAUUGUGUUUGAAAUUGCCUUCCAACUGUAAAAAUGUGAAAUAUGACAUAGUAUAUUUUUAUAAUAUGUCGGCUACAGUGACUUAUUGAUGUAAAGAAAAAAAGCCAGACUUGUCCCUGUAUGUUACAGUAUUAAUAUUUAAUGUAUGUAGCAACCCUCUGGGCUGUGUUUUAAUAAACAGUGUUACUCCUUUUCCAACAUUGUUCUGAGAUCUGCUUAACAGCUGUGUGUGCAGGACAACCUGGAUGGUGAAAUAAAUUGAGGAAAAGACAUGAAGUGCCAAAUUACUCAAACCAUUCCAAGCUUUGCCCACAGUGGCUCUCCAAACAAGCAGCAGUUCAUUUCAAGACGGUAAAUUGGUAAGGGAGCAAAUCUGAAAAGCCGUGACAUUAUGUUCUUGAUUUAAUAAAUCUUGUCUAAAGGAUCUGAGGAUUUUCCCAGCAAACAGUAAACGAACUGGUCAAACCAUUGUAAGGCUGGACAUUGUGACGUGGCUUCCUUCACAUAAACACAGUGCACAAUACAACAGGGAAAGAGUCUUUCUCACAUCUGUUCAAUAUGCCGGCCAGCAGCAGCAGUCAUAAAUCACCAGAAGUAUUUCAGUCAGCUGCUCUCCAGAGCAGUGAUUGACACUCCUUGACACAUUGACACUCUUUCCCAGUAAGCCACAGGUGAUUUACCGAAAGUUUUCCGGUCAGUCAGUCCUCGUUAAAUACUUCCCCAGUAAGUCAAGUUUCUCAACCAAAGUAUUCACUGCAUUUUGUUGAAGACAAAGAAACAAAUUGAAGUGUAAAUGUGAAACAGGCAGCUGGCGAUGCUUUGCUGUUAGAGCCAGCUGAAGCCACUAGAGGGCGACUUCCUGUCAAGGAGGGAGCACUGUCGAGAGAGAGGAAGGGGCGUUUUGAGAAGGUGCCAUAAGGGUACUGAAAGACCCCAUCUGCUCAGAGUCUGCACAACUGGCAGCUUGGCCUAACAUCGCUAAAAGUAUUCUAGGUUAUGUGGCUCAGACUUGUCUGUUUUUAGGGAAAAGAAAUGAAUUUAAGCAGCUAUCCAGGUCAAAAGAGUUACCCUGUGGCACAGUUAUGUAUUUGUGUCACCUUGUUCUCUUUUGUCUGUUGAUUGACUGAGAAAAAAGAGAGUAGGGUAGAUAGAAAGUGUGCUUAUUGGACCGAAAUGGCUUUUACAAUUACUUGUAUUAGGGGUUAUUCUCUACACAUUGUCACUGUCCUGAGAAAACCAUGUCUCUCCAAAAUGUCACCAGGGCUUUUUAAAGAAACACUAAAAGCAAACACAGGACAAGCCCAGGGUAAAGAUGCCGUGUCAGAUUAGGCACUGACAGUCUUAAAUAAGCGGGUCAAUGUGUAAUUUGACGCUUACGACAGUGCAUUUGCUAGAAAAUAAUAAUGAAGGCCUGUUUUUCUCAACCCAUAAAGAGCAUCUAAACGUUUAGGUUUACGAGUUUGUCAGUAUGUCCAUGUUGGUUUCUCUCUGGAAUGUUCGUUUGUUGUGUAAGUACAUUGACUCUUUAAGGAUUUUCAGCCAAAACAUACUGGUAAUAAAGUACUGACAGUUGCAAGGUGGCAAAAAAGAGCUGACAGCCAUUUAAUUAUCCCUCAUACCUGGCAGCUGAAGGAAUUAUAAGUGGAAGCACCUUACAAAGUGGUUGUAUCAGAAGUCUUUUGUGGGUCUUUUUUUAUCAGGGAUACCACAAUGUCCACCCUCAGCAUCUGUCUGUCUAUGUAAAACAAUGUCUGUGUUCAGAAGAUGGACUGUAGUGUUUCCAUACAUGUUUCUUAUAGUCACCCAUGUGGGAUGUGACGAUAAAACCAGUGAUAUUAUCAAUACAAACUCUGAUUCAUACAUGCAUUUGUGUAUUUGUGUGUUUUUCUAUGCCUUUUGCAAAAUGUACAUUUCUUUGAGUGCCAUACUGGUAUCCCCUGGCAAAGUUUUUCUUUUCAUAUUCUUUGAUGAAAACAUUUGCAUGUGAAAAGACCUAUUUUCCUACAAAAAAAAAUAAAUCAGAAAUGCAUAUUGAAUAAAGUGUCUGUAUCUUUUUUUUGGGCUGCAGAGCCAAGAGAAAACGUCUGGAAAUAAAAGGCUUCUCAUGUUAAAAAGUUGAGUAUUGUCCUGUUCUUGUUGUCAGUAUGAGAUAUGUGUUUGAUUUUGAUUGGUGGAGAGCAGCAGGUCUCUGCAGUCCUAUCAGGAGAAUUACGGUCACAUGGGCUGAUGUUGUGUCACUGGCAGGAACAACACAGGAGACCUAAGAAGUGCCACUUCAGCUCAUGUCAGCUGUGUCAUUUUGUUUGUCAUUUUGGCAGUUCAUUCGGUGACAGUUGAACUUCAGUUUUAUGAUGAGAGAACAUUUGAGUCUGUCAGGCUUUGAAUUAUAUUAACUCAUUACAAGGUAAAUUAGCUACUAGUUUUAAAAGCUGAAUUGUCCCUGAUAUAAUCACUUCCUCGAUCAAUCCAGAGUGAACUAAAAUGUCGAGUGGAAGGAUCUUCUGCUUGUGAUAAGAGAACAUCUGAGUCUUUGAGACUAUAAACAUCUCCAGACUUCCCCAGUGUAACAAAUUAACCAGGCCAAACUUAUUGAAUUAAACAAAAAUGACAAACAAUAAACAAACAUGUAUAUAACAUCAGGCUGCUAGCAACACUGACAUUCUCCUCUGAAGACAGUUACAUCACAGUGAGUUUGCUGUUAUAUUCACCUCUCUGAAUGUGAGUCUUGUGUACCUCAAAAUCCACCUCUGCUACAGGUUUAACUCCUGUGCUUGUUUAUUCUUAAGGCAUAAUGCAACCAGUUCAGUAAGCCUCUCUGUCUCACUAUUACCACUCCACUAAGCCUCUCUGUCCCACUAUAACCAGUCCACUACCCCUCUCUGUCCCACUGUAACCAGUCCACUAAGCCUCUCUGCCCCACUAUUACCAGUCCACUACCCCUCUCCGUCCCACUAUAACCAGUCCACUACCCUCUCUGUCCCACUGUAACCAGUCCACUAAGCCUCUCUGUCCCACUAUUACCAGUCCACUAAGCCUCUCCGUCCCACUAUUACCAGUCCACUAAGCCUCUCCGUCCCACUAUAACCAGUCCACUACCCCUCUCUGUCCCACUGUAACCAGUCCACUAAGCCUCUCUGUCCCACUAUUACCAGUCCACUAAGCCUCUCUGUCCCACUGUAACCAGUCCACUACCCCUCUCUGUCCCACUAUUACCAGUCCACUAAGUCUCUCCGUCCCACUAUAACCAGUCCACUACCCCUGUCUGUCCCACUGUAACCAGUCCACUAAGCCUCUCUGUCCCACUGCGCUAAUCAAAGUUUCCAGUCACUCUGAGCUUAAUGACCC